AUGGCCCUCAUUUUCAGAAUACUGGCUCUCUCGGUUGCUACCGCAGCGGCUUUGCCCGCUCCAGGCCAUGGAAACUUGUCAAAGCCAUUUGUGAAAACCGAAAUUACCCCCUGGAAUGCAGGUGAAGUGACAGAGUUCCCAAUUCACUCUAGUUGCAACGCAACACAGCGUCGCCAGAUCGAGCUGGGAUUAGCCGAGGCUGUGGAACUUGCAGCUCAUGCUAAAGACCAUAUCUUGCGCUGGAGAAACGAAAGCGAGAUCUACCGAAAGUACUUUGGCAACAGCCCUUCGAUGGAAGCUAUUGGAGCUUUUGAAGUGGUUGUCAAUGGCAACAAGAAUGAUGUUCUAUUCCGUUGUGAUAACCCGGACGGAAACUGUGAUCUUGAAGGUUACGCUGGACAUUGGCGAGGUGAAAACGGUACCAAAGAAACCGUUAUCUGCGAUCUGAGCUACGAACGUCGUCGUUCACUCUCAACAAUGUGUGGAAUGGGCUACACUGUCUCGGGAUCAGAGACCAAUACUUUUUGGGCAUCGGAUCUGCUGCACCGAUUGUAUCAUGUCCCCGCCAUCGGACAAAACUGGGUCGAUCAUUAUACGGAUGGAUACGAUGAGGUUCUUGACCUCGCUAUUGAGAAUGCAACUUUGUCAACGCAUGAUUCGGAAACUCUUCAAUACUUUGCGCUGGAAGUCUAUGCUCAUGAUAUCUCAGUUCCGGGCAUCGGGUGCCCGGGCGAACAGCAUGAGCACAACCACGAAGAUGAUAAGAAAGAUGCCGCAAACUCCCAUGGAAGCACGCCAACUGCCACAAAAACGACUAGCGAAGCUCCUUCUACCACAGCCGAUGUUCCUGCUAACUGCCAUACCCACGACGGCGGCGAGCUUCACUGUACCUAG